GUAAUCAUCAAUCCACGUGGUCAAGGUCAACCUCGGCCGCUUAAAAAUCCCGUAACAAAACAGUUAUAUACGCGUUAAACGAGUAUUUUCCUAAAUUUCGAAUUUAUUUGUAUAAUAAUUUAUAUUAAACAAUAUUAUCUAAAAAGAAUCGUACACGUGUAAAUUGGAUUUUUACCAACUACGUCAUCAAGUCCGGAAAUUCAGAAGGAUUGGAUGUAUUUCAUCUAUACGGAAUGUAUUUCGUCGAUUCUCAAGAUAAAGGAAAUGAAUCUGCUACAUCAGAUGAAACGUCUCACUUACAUUCAGACGGUGAGUAUGGUGCUGUGACUUAUCGUGUAGUACAAGUAGCACAUCAACCUGAAGUAACCACUGAAGCUACUCAAGUUGUAUCAUCUGCAGGUGCUGCUUUAGUUGGUCAACAGGUUGCACAGGCUAUUAUUACAAAUCCUUUUACUGCAACUAAUGGAAAUGGAGGGCCUGGUGGAGAAGGCCAAUUUUACGUAAUGAUGUCACCACAAGAUGUAUUACAGACUGGACAAAGAACUCUGGCUCCUAGAACACACCAAUUUACACCAAAAUUAGAUGGAUCAAAAACUGCCAGAGAUGAAAAGAGACGGGCUACUCAUAAUGAAGUGGAAAGGAGACGAAGGGAUAAAAUAAACAAUUGGAUUAUAAAACUCUCAAAGAUAAUUCCAGACUGUGCCUCUGACCACACCAAGCAAGGACAGGUAAGGAAAGAUGAAACGAGUAAAGGAGGAAUUUUAGCAAAAGCAUGUGAUUAUAUUCAGGAGCUAAGAAACAUUAAUUCAAAAAUGCCUGAAAUAUUAAAAGACAAAGAACGUUUAUCUGUAGAAGUUGAAUUAUUAAGGCAGCAAUGUGAAGAAUUAAAAAAUGAAAAUCAGAUGUUAAGAGCCCAUUUGCAACAACAUGGGAUUGCAGUUGCUGAUCAUGGACCAAGAUAAUUGUAUAGAUAAUUUUUGGCAUCUGCCAGUCUGUAACUUGAAUUUCAAGUUUGCAGAAAUAGAGAUGAAUACUGUUUACCAAGUUUGCUCAAGGCAUUUUAUGCCUUUUCUUCAUGUAUUUCUCACUAGAUGAGGCCAGACACUUGGAAGAAGCUAUUUGAUUGUUAACAGAAUGGUUUUUUUCAGGAGUGGACUGUUGCAAAGAUGAGAAUAUGCACCUUUUUGUUGUUCAAAUUUGUUACUUCUCCUAUAGCAUUACUCAAGACACAGUGCUACUGUAUAUAAAUAUAAAUAUAAAUAUAUAUAUAUAAAUAUAUAUAAAUAAAUAAAUAAAAAUAACACAUAUGUGUAUAUAUACGUACAUACGUAUAUAUACAUAUAUAUGUAUGUAAGAUCCUUGCCUGUUUGCAUCUGGAACACUUGUUGCUUGUUACACACAUUGUGUACAGUCAUAACAGAUGUGUGCAAGUCGAAAUGAUUACUUGUACAGAUCUGAAAAUUAGUUUGUCAUUAAAAGAAGUGAAGUUGUGGCGAGAAAUUCUCAUAAACAUAAAUGACAAGAGACUGCUUUCCAGAACAUAUAAUAGAAUUUAUGUGGAAUUAAAUGAAUUUGAAUGAAAAGAAUUCAUUGGAAUAUGACUUCAAUAAUUUUAUGCUUACAAAGCAUUCCACAAGGGAAGAAACGUGCCCUGAUAUUGUGAUUUGAAUUUAUGUUAGGGAGCUUGUAAAUUGAAUCUGGCCAUGAAAUACUUUGACGUACGUAUAAAAUCUUUCGAUACCUGCCAAUCAUUCUACACUGGAUUGCCCCACCUGUGCAAAAAUAAUUGACAUUUUGGUAACCAAGUUACCAAAGGUAAUCAAACUACAGCAGCCAAUCAUUUAUAUAUAAAAAGUUCUUCAUGUAUGCAGUCAUAUUAUUAUGAUGUAUUUUAGAAAAAAUCUUUCUGUAGAAAAAUUUAUAAUAAUUGGAAUUUUAUUUCAGUAAAAAAAAAAACGGAAAGGACACUUUAAAGAAUCAUCAAUAUAUAUUUCAUGACUUCAUGGUUUAUAUUAGAUUGAAUAUCUGUAUUACUAUGUCAUUUUUAGUUGUGGGGAUAAUUUAUGUAGAAUAUCUUGUUACCUUACUGCGCACACACACAGUUUUGUGGUUAGGGUGUUGCUUGCAGUGAGGCAUAUUGUAAAAAAAAAAAAGGAAAAAAGAUGCCCAUAUUCUAAAUCUCUACAGUUCAAUAAUGAGAUGUCUAGAUGUGCAUUAAUAAAUUGUCAAAUUAUAUAUUUCCAUUUGUUAUUUCUUAUAAAUUUUUUUUGUUUUGUUAAGAAAUCAUAUUAAAACAAAAUAAUUCAUAUAUUUUAGAACUAUCUGAUCAGUUUUUAAAUUAACAUUUGAUUUUUUUUUUAAUUUACUUCGUAGGUAGACUUUUAUACAUAUUACUAAUAUAUAUGAUUAUGGUUGCUAAAGUGAUUUAAGUAAAUAGUAAAUUUAUUUUUAAAAAUUGCCGAAUGAGCUAUCCAAAGUACAAAAUUUGUAUUUUUUCUAAGAAAGUGAAAUCAAAGUUGAUAGGCUUUUUUUGUUUUUGUAUGUUUAUAAAGUGAAAUAGUUCCUUUCUUGUGCAAUGCUAAUCUGAUUUUUACAUUUAUCGUCAUCACUGAAUAUUUCGGAUAAAAUAUAAUUUUAACUGCCCGUUUUAAAUAUUUUCUAACCUUAGAUUAAUUUAAAUUACCAUAAUAUAUAUAUAGAUAAUUUUAAUUUUUUAAUUCUAAAGUUAAUUUUCCUGUUUCACGUUUAUUAUUGAAAAUUAUUGUUAAAGUAUUACAUGCAAAGAAUGAAGCUGUGCUUUUUUUGUGUCCAUAAAAAUGGGAUGAUUUUAUUUUGUUAAUAUAGUUUCAAGUGUGGUUAUUCUUUAUUCCAAGUAUGUGUAAAUUAAACGGUGCGAGAUCGGAAGGAGUGUCCAUUAGAGUAAGUUCGCUCAGUUUUCUGUAAGUGGAAUCGUUUUUAAUUAUGGCUGUUACGGUUUCUUGUUUAAAUAUAUCAUUUAAAUUUUGUAGAAUUAUUAUUAAAUACAUGAUUUGUAUAAUACGUAUGUUACUGACUAGAAGAGAGAAUUGUAAAAUACCAAAGUACUUAUUUUCUUUUUAAAAAUUUGGUGGUUAUAACAACGAGAUAUAAUUAAAUGUACAAAGGGGGUAUCGGCAUGGAUGCAAAUGUAAAGUUUCACAUGUUUAUAAAAAUUAUUAGCAUCCGUAAUUGUCAUGGUGAUAAUGGAAGAGAGCUAUUACAGAAAGUGUUCAAUAAAGAUUUAGUCAAUUCCAA